CCCAGUCGAUUUUGCCGCCGCUCGUAGCAGCGCGCAGACAACAGUUGUCAAGUAAAGUUUGAAGCGUCGGGCACUAAUCAGGCAAGCAGUUCGUAGGACAGUAAACGACACCGACGAUUAUCUGGAUUAUCGGCACCGGGAGUUUGUAUCGUGAGCUCAUGACCUUUCCGUGUUCGGUUUGUGGCGGAGUACAGGUGGAGUACUCGCAUCAUUUCGAAUGCUGUUGGUCUAUCUGGCCAUGUAACGCUUCGCCGACAGGUGUGCGGGUAAUAUAUCGCAUAUUUACCAAGCGCCCGUGACAACGUUUAUAAUGUAAUACCAAAGAAUAUAUACGUAUUCAGCAUAUGGUUAUGCAUACGCCGACAAUGUCAUUUUAUCACAUAGAAUUUCUGUUUUAAGUUUGGACUUAAUGUGUGCUUUUAAGGUUCAUUUCGUGAAGAAAAAACAGAGACGAAAUAUGAAUUCGAACAUUUUUCUACACAUACCAUGCUUUGCCAGGAUUUUAAAUUAUUUAAAAUAUUCCUCAUGUGUGUUUUAAUUGUUUAUUUCGUAAAAAAGAAAAAAUAGAGGAAAUCUUCGUAUUUGAAGUUCGUUUAGGUUAAUUUAUAAUUCUCGAGAAGAUAACAGUGAAUUCUGUGCUUCGUCUUUCAAGUGUUGUUCAAACAGAUCGUCUGCCACCUAGGCUAUUUAACCAGUGUAUAUCUGUGUAUUUAUGUGUGUGGUAUCUUUUAUAUUCCACCGUGUAUUCAUGUCACACCUGUACACAGGUGUUUGAGUCCUGCGUGAUCUAACCAUCUGAAAAUGCACGGCGUAUCUGACGUUCGUUCGAUGACCAGUCGAGUUUGUUAGUGUCCUUUUUCCCUCCAACAAUGACAGGAUUCUCGUUGCCAGGCGAGUAUUAGCUAUUACGAGUUUUCUAUGAUAAAUACAAAGUUAGCGAUGCCGCACUGAGCUAUUGUGUUCUGUUUGGAAACAAUCACUUGUGUAGUUUGCAGUGAUUAUCGGGAAAAUCCGUUGGUGCUAACAACUAUUUUUGUAUGGCAAAAUUCGCGCGGAAUUACAUUGACAACAACAACAGCAACACAGACGUACAUUAGAGUUCUGUCAGCGGCAGUCGCCUGCUAGUGGAAGCAAGCGCGCGCACGUCAAACGAAAAAUGCAGAAAGGCCUUCGCUUCAACGAAAGUCAGCUCCUUUACCUGGCAGGGAAAGCAAAACACGAGAAUACUAUUUGCGGAAACUUGUACAAGAAGAGCUCUGAUACGGGCAAAUGGCAGCUGAGGUACUUCAUCCUGUAUCAGAAUGUGUUGUUCUAUUACGAGAACGACUCGUCCAUCCGUCCAUCGGGAGCAGCCUUACUGGAAGGCAGUUACUGCGACCGCGUCAUCACCCCUGCGACAGGACAUAAAGGCAAAGAAGGCGAAAAAUUGCACUGCUUCACCAUCACGUAUAAGAGUGAGGGACAGAGACAGUAUGAUCUACGCAGCGACUCGGAGGGGGAGUGCAAUGCCUGGAUCGACGCAAUCAAACGAGCCAGCUACAGCAAGAUGGUUGAGGUUAAGGAGGAGCUGGAGCAGAAACACCUGCACCUGUUACAGAUUCUGGACAGCGAGCGGCAGGCCAAGUGGCAUUACGUGCAGCAGACAGAGGAACUCACCACCGAGGUCAAGAAACUCAAGGCAGAGGUUCAGAAAUUUAAAAAAGAAAUAUUUUCAAAUCACAAAUUGUCUGAUGAAGAAACGGACGAAAUCAGAAAAAUCAAAAAGGUCAGUAAGGUUCAAAGCUUUUUCCGCGGCUGGUUGUGUCGGCGGCGCUGGAAGCAGAUCGUGGAGCUGUACAUUCGGUCACCACAUGCGGAGAGCAUGCGGAAACGAAACAGCAUCGUGUUCAGCAUGGUGGAGUGUGAGGAGGAAUACAACAGACAGCUGUCCUGUCUCGUCACCUACUUCCUCAGACCCCUCCGCAUGGCAGCCAGCUCAAAGAAGCCUCCCAUCACACACGAAGAUGUAAACUCUAUAUUCCUUAAUAGUGAAACAUUGCUCUUUUUACACCAAAUAUUUCAGAAAGGUCUCACUGCCCGUUUAGAAAAUUGGCCAACUCUUGUAUUAGGUGAUUUGUUUGACAUGCUGCUGCCGAUGCUGAGUAUAUACCAGGAGUACGUUAGAAACCACCACUACAGUCUGCAGGUGCUCGCCGAGUACAAACAGAAACCCGAGUUUAACUGCCUGCUCAAACGAUACGAGGAGAAACCUGCCUGUGAGGGUCGGACUUUGGAAAUAUUUCUCACCUAUCCUAUGCAUCAGAUACCUCGCUAUAUCAUUACACUUCACGAACUGCUCGCUCACACGCCACACGAGCAUGUCGAACGCAGAAGUCUAGAAUUCGCCAAAAGCAAGUUAGAAGAAUUGUCCAGAAUAAUGCAUGAUGAAGUUAGUGAAACAGAAAACAUUCGCAAAAAUCUUGCCAUAGAGAGAAUGAUAGUCGAAGGCUGUGAUAUACUGCUUGAUGUAAAUCAGACCUUCGUUCGCCAAGGGCCAUUGUUACAAAUUCUGAAUGAGAAAUCUAAAUCAAGCCGUGGUCGUCUUGGGUCCUUCAGCUCAUCAUUCAAAGAGACCAAGAAGGAGGUUGUACGCCAGAUCUUUCUCUUCACCAAUCACAUGUUGUUAACCACCAGAGCUUCAAGUGGUCGCCUCCAUUUAGCAAAGCAUUACGGGAAAAUACCUUUACUGGACUGUACUCUCGUUGAAGAUCCAAACUCAGAUAUUUUCUUCUUUGAUGAAGACACCUCGUCACUUGACUCAAACCUCAGCAUUGGCAGUCAGACAUCUGUGUCGAACUUGCUGCCCACAGUGUGUGAGCGUGAAGCCAAGGUGGAAUAUAAUGGUUUAGACUUCCGCUUGAUAGUCGACUCAAAAAGUGGCCCACCCAUCAGUCUCCUCCUAGUGGCAACCUCACUCCACGAGAAGGCUGCUUGGUGUAGUGAUAUCAGUCAGUGCAUUGAGAACCUUCACUACAGCGAUCUCCUGAACAGCUCCAUGAGCGAGUCCUCUUCAGUCACAAUGCCCCAGUCUGUUAGAUAUAUUCACAACACACAGAUAUGGUCCGACCCCAAGUUGUUCCGGGAUGAUGUAGACAUCAAAUUCAGCCGUACUCUCAACUCAUGUAAAGUACCUCAGAUCCGCCACGCCAGUGUGGACCGUCUGCUCGACCGACUGACCGACCUGCGUUUCCUAAGCAUCGACUUCCUCAACACAUUCCUCCUCACAUACCGAGUGUUCACCAAUGGACAGACUCUGCUCGAGGCGCUCAAGAAAGUUUACAAAAACCCAGACACUGGAAACUUGGAGGCUGGACAGUCUGCAGGACAGUCUGAUGCGGAAGAUGGCAGCCCACCUCACAUGGAGUUCACGGGGGAGCCGCCAUGCAUCGACUCGAAGCUCAUCAUUAAACCGCAGGCAGAGAAGAUGCGCAGAGUGAGCGCCGGAGUGGUCCCCUGCAGUGGAGAAACGCACAUCGAAAAACCAGUUGUCACUUCCAUCAGCUUUAAGUUGGAGAGAACAGAAUCAGUUGACAGUGAUGACAGCUGUUCAGAACUGAGCAGCUUCUUGCAGCCACAACGACCGAAACUGGCCCCAAUCGCGUCUUGUGAGACACUGUUUGACUCGGACCAGCCCGACGGGAUGGAUGUACCUGCGAUAACGAUGGACGAGCUGCCAAACACAGGUAUUACAUUGUCCGAUUUUAGCACUGGUGAAUCAUCGUCCGACGCCUGUGACGACUCCACUGGCGAGGGCAAACUGCACCCGACAUCGGCCAAAGUGAUGACAUCAUCGUCGUCAUCGUCGGAGGUGGUGCUGGGAUCGGCAUCGGCGGCCAGCCCCAACACACUGAGCUCGGCAGCCAGUUCCGACACCCUGACCCCUGGGACCCCUCGGGCGAGUCCAAUACCAUCGCCGGUUGAGGGACACAAGAAGGCAAUGUCUGGACAGGUGGACGGCAGUCAGAGUACCCCGAAGAAGAGAGCAUCCACACCAGGGAGGAUCACGGAGACAUCGUGUAACAUGGACGCGCUGGCUCUGUCCCCGACGACGAGUCCUGUGCGACUGCUGCACCUGUUGUCGUCCCCAGGGAGGCCAUCCUCCUCCCCCGUCAAGUCGCUCUCCCCCCGGACCCCGUCACCCAUACGGAGGGUGUCAUCGCCUGCGAAGGUGACGUCCACCAUGCGAUCGCCGACCAGCAGUCCCAAACUAAGGAGAGCUCCUUCUCCAAUCAGUUACAGUUACUCGUCGCCAAACAUGGUCACUCCUCAGAUCAAAAUCAGACCUUUUUUAGGGACAAGAGGCAGUGCUGAAGCUGAGUCUAUAAGCAUGUCAACACCACGAAGCAGUUUUGCUCAAAUAGAGGGGUCACCACCACGGGCCAAGGCAGGCACUGUCGUCACAUCUUCCAGGGCAUCAAAACGAAGGUCAAGCUCAUCUGCAGCCACAACAGCAUUUGCAGCAGCCACUGCAGGUCUGGCCAGCUGCAGCAACAUCAGUGCAGAACAUUCCAAAAAUAUUAACCGCUACCUCAAUGUCGGCACAGGUGUAGAUGCCCGACCCUUCAAAAAGCGAGAGUCUGUGAUCUCGACUGCAGCAACAAUGCGAGUGCUCAACGUUCUAAAACACUGGGUAUCAAAACACCAACAGGACUUUGAGUCUGACCCUGACCUGAAGUGUGCAGUGAUUGACCUGCUGGAGGAGAUGGUGUGCAACACGAACCUGCUUCCCGCGGAGCACAAGGCGGCGGCCUCCAUCCUCCGCACCAUCACCAAGGAUACCUCCGACCUGAACAUCGUCGACCUUGACAGACUGCUCAUCCCACCAAUGCAUCCUUCCAAAGAUACAUUUGACACUCUUGCAGCGAUGGAUAUCGCAGAACAGUUGACGUAUUUGGAUCACCAGAUUUUCAUGGGAAUACGUAGCGAAGAAUUGUUGUGCCAGGCUUGGAUGAAGCCGGACAAAUGUCACCGAGCACCUCAUGUUUUGCUAGUCAGCAAGAGAUUCAACGAGGUGAGUCGACUGGUUGUUUCCGAGAUCGUGUCACGGUCCAACCUCCAGGAUCGGGUGACGUGCAUCGAGAAGUGGGCUGCCAUCGCAGACAUCUGUCGCUGUAUGCACAACUACAAUGGAGUGCUGCAGAUCUGUGCUGCAUUCGUAAACAGUUCCGUGUACAGACUGAAGAAAACAUGGGAGAAAGUCCCCAAACAAACAAAACAGAUGAUUGAACGAUUGCAGACACUGGUAUCAUCAGAAGGAAGGUUCAAAAACAUGAGAGAUGCACUGCAUCGAUGCGAUCCUCCGUGCAUUCCUUAUUUGGGCAUGUACCUUACUGAUCUGUCUUUCAUCGAAGAGGGAACUCCAAACUUCACGGAGGAAAGACUAGUCAAUUUCUCCAAAAUGAGAAUGGUUGCUCACGUAAUUCGUGAGAUUAAGCUCUUUCAACAAACUUCUUACAAGAUCGAACAUCAUCCACGGGUAACAAGUUAUUUACUGGACACGAGCCGGUUUCUAACAUACUUAUUUGAUUACAGGUAACAAGUGAUUAAAUAUACUGAUGUUUUAUUUGCAGGUAACAAGUUAUUUACUGGACACAAGCCGGCUGCUGGACGAGGAACAGACGUACCGAGCCUCGCUAGAUAUAGAACCAAAGCAGUCUCGACUGUCCGUCGUAUCUGCACCGUCUUGAGAGCAUUCCAGACAAACACCUACGUCUUUCCACUACCCUGCACCAGAGAGCAAGGCCGCAUUACAAAACUGUGGAAAAAAAACAAACAAAACAACUGAAAAAGUCAAAACCUAUUUUUUGAAAGUCAGUUUUGUAUAGUGUGUAUGACCAGAUACAGUGAUCUCCAGUUUUUUUGUGUUGUUUCAAAAAAUAAAAUAAAAACCCCAGUGUAUUCCCUCAUUCGGACGAUGACUGCUUCUGGGUCAUUGAUUUCGUCACUUGAAGAAGGGUUGAGAGAACUAUAGUUGCCUCCCCUUGCUUAGUUAUUGCCCCUGCUAAGACAUAACAAGAGAGCAGGUUGGUUCAGAAAUGUGAAGAAGAAAAAACAACAAUUUGACAAGAGAGCGGGUUGUUUCAUGAAUGUGAAAAACUGAUUUUGACAACAGCAAAAAGUAAUCGUGUGAUGAGACCUGUCCGAAUUGCUGAGGAUCUUCGUCAGAUUGUGUAUAGUUUAUUUACACACCGUGUUGUAUGUACCACAUUUUGUGGAGUGUUACUAAAGGAGUAUUUUUCAACAUUACACCAUGUUUCCACAAUGCUCAAACCAUCCUGCUAUUUCCAGGUUGUGUGGGUACAGGUUAAAUCACAACCAUGUCAGUCAUAUAGUGAGGGAAAAAGUCAAAAAAUGCAGUUAAAAAGUGGGUUGGCUAUAGUUUUUAUUGUUUAUCUAUUUAAAAAAGAUCACCAUCAUUUAUUGUCUUAACAUUGAAAGCCAUUCUGCAUUAUAUUUUGGCUAAACUAGUUAUUGACAUGCUAAAAAGUGGACUGCCAUUUUAUUGGGUUUGCCAUACAAAGUGUUUUUUAAAACAUGCAACAGACUUAGUUGUUGUAAGAAGACGAAUGACAAUAACCAAAAAAACUAGCUCUGUUUGUGUUUUAUCUUAGUAAAUAUAAGCAUACAAGAUGGGGGAGGGGGAGCAAGAUGGGGGGGGGGGGGCAAUGCUUGAGCAAAUCUUCAAAUUGGUGUUCAAUAAAAAAACAUUUGUACUUAUUUAGGCCAUAAAAACUUUGAACAAAAAAUAUGGGAGAUGAUCAAGAGCAUUCAGCGAUUAUCAUAUUGAAAAUAAACUGGCAAAGUUUCUCAUGAAUACAUUGUACAUCCAAGAUAUUCCAAGUUGGUAGCUCUGAAGAUUUUAAUCAUCUGACAUACAGUUACCCUGUGGUUGCUUUGUGGAACUUAUGUGUGCGAGUUGUAACACUUAAUCUGAACUCAUUACAAUUAUUUGUAGCUACAAUUCGUUUGUGGAAUGGGACCUAGAAACGUAGAAUCGACUACUGUUACUAAUUAAAUAUGAGUAAGUGAUGAUGUUGGUAGGGUUUGGUUUUCCACCAAAACAACAAGUGUAAUGCCAGCUUCCAACACCCACUUGCUAGUGUUAGAUUUAAAGCACAUCUAUGGUAUAUAAUGACCGCCCACUAACAAUUUGACUUACGGUAUUGUCACUCAAUACAAGUGCCUCAUAUUAGAAUAGCUGAUUAUAUGGCAACUUGUAAAGUUUUCUUGUCACAAUCGGCUAUUGUCAUCACUGUUCUCCUAUGAAACAUUCUUAUUGAGUGGCAUCACCAUAUAGCUAUGUUCCCAUCUUGUCAGUAUUCAUGUUACAUUAAGCCAGAAACCAGGCCUGGUGCUUAUAAAACUUUUAGAGCCUCGACUCAGACUCUGAUAGUCCGAGACAUGAACGCCAUGGCAACACCAUACAAAUUGUACAUGUGUGACAUCAUUAGAGAUUGAGUCUGGACUCUAAAGGUUUUAUAAGUAGGGGCCCAGGAGCCUUAUUUCACUAAACUCUUGCAACUUUGUAAUCUCAUAGUGCAAUGCAAAACGACCAAAGACGAUGCAAAGUUGUUUCAGAGAGCCUAGGCGAGCUUUGUGGAUGGGGCCCCAGGCCUGGUACCUAUAAAACUUUUAAGUGUCUAGACUCGAGACUCUUAUAAAGUCUAAGACACUAAUGUCAUGACAAUGCCAUAGAGAUUGAGUCUGACUCUAAAAAGGUUUUUUAAACAUGGCCCCAGGUUAGCAUGCAAUUUUCUAAUACCACAAAACACUGGUGUCAGUUGAAAACGGGGCUGGGCUGUUCGAUUUGAAUCAGUUUUUGAUUUACCCCCAUCACGCUUGGCAUGGUUGUGAUUUAGUGUUUACUCUUGUAUGAGCCUUGAAGGCAAAAACCAAUAGAGAUGAGUUAUAUAUUGUAUUUGUUUCCAUUUGAAAGUUACAACACAUUUGUUGCUAGCUUUUCCUGUGGAAGAAAAAAGAACUAUAUUCAAAAUGUUUACUCUCAUGUUCCAGUCGCCAUGUGCUCAGAUGAUAAGGACCAAAGAUGAUAUACUGUUAUUUGUUAUGACUUGUUUAAAUUUUAUUUAUCAUGAGUUAAAAAAUAUCCUUUUUCUUUUUUUUUCUUGUGUCAUGUGUAUAAAAAAAAAACUUU